UUGGUAUUUCAAAUAUAAUAUGAUUUGUUGUUAUUGUUGUGUUUUAUCGAUAAGUUUUCAACAAUUGUCACCAAUUGGUGUCACUUUUGGACAUUAAAACUAAUGGAUAUAUUUUAAUGUCUUAUUUUCACAAAAUCUACUGAUUUUUUGUCAACCGAUGUAAACAACAAACCAAUCGAUAAUUUGAUCAAAACUUGUCAUCAAAUUAUCAGAUGAUUUGAUGUUUUUAUUACUCUCAUUGAUAAUCAUUUAUUUGAUAAUUUGUUGAUAACUCAAGACAUGGAGGAAGUGUUAUAUAAUCAUCUGUUGGUCGAACAGAUCUUUCGGCACAUCCGAUGCAUUCGUCARCUGAAGAGUAUAUCCCGUGUUUGUAAACUUUGGCACAACUGUAGUGAUCGUGAAGUGAAGUACCGGUGCUGUCGUCUUCAGUUGGAUCACAUCUUCUAUUGUUUUCCAAUUGAAUCGUCGGUAUUGUCGGACACCGAUCUCAAUGACAUAUCUGAUGAAAAACCUUUUGUAUUAUCUGAUCCACAAUUACUUAUCAAAAAACUUUGUGAAUAUUACCGAAAUGACAUCCAAACGAUACCCGAAAUGAUUAUUAUGUUUAACGCGAAGUUAAGCCGUGAAGACGGUUGGUAUUCGRCWCUUAAGGUUAACGCUUACCGCAAAUAUCUUCCAAAGGACUGUAUGUUUAUUCAUUUGGAGAGUCAGACCAUUAUUGGCACUUCCAGUCAUAAUUGCAAUCCAUAUCCAGUGGCCAAUGGAUUGGCCGGUAUUUCACAUUUGCUGUUAUCAAAGAUUAGCGGCGUUUCUAUAAAAGUGUUUUUUGAUGACGAAAUACAAAAGUCAUUAAAAGCAGAUCCAGAUAUCAAAUGUAUUAUAUUUUUUGAAUCUUCGGCAGAGUUUGACCGGAAGGACAGUUCGGGUCAAUAUCUGUGGAACAGCUGUAGUCAUCAUAUGUGGGAUGUUAUGAAAGAAAUGAACUUUAAGUUAGCAUUUGGCGGCACACGUCUGGCCGCUAUCGAUGUCUGUGACGGCCAACAAGCGACUGAACCUCAUAAACCUUUUGCAUGUAUAGUGAUUAGUGGCCAGAAUGUGAACGCAUGUAGUCUUGAGAUUAAGACAGGAAAUGCCGAAUCAACUGAAAAGUUAUUAAUUGAAUUUAAGUCACGACUCGGUUUCAAUGCUGACGAUCAACGACUGUCCACAACAUUUGCUUUUGUCUUCUGUCGUGUCAUUCCCUACCGAUUCAACCGUUACUGUCAUUUCAAAGAGGGUGAGCCCUCACAACUCAUUCAUAAGAUCUUUCCAAACGUCACUUUUAUUGGUUCAAUAAAUGUGAUGAACUUUGGCCACAAUUAUUGGCCGGCACUGCCAUUCAAGUCCGAUGAGGACAGCAAUUAUCGGACCACACAUUUUGACAGCACUAUCAUUGUGUUGGUUAACAUAUCAAUUGAGAACAUGUCUAAUAACGAGUCGAUAUUUGAAGAUAACUCAGAGGACUGGGARCCCAAUGAUAGCAAACAUAGCGUUAGUAUUGAUAGCAAAGCCAACACCAGAUAUAAGGCGUGGAUAAAGCAAUCAUUAGUUAAUAAUGACUUAAUAAUGGCUAAUAUCUUCAGAUGGUUAGAGCCCUCGCAGUUGAUUAAGUGUUCCCGAGUUUGCCUCAAAUGGCGAAUCUUUACACAACUAAUUGCUUAUAAAAGACAUUACUUUUCGCAUCAACUUUUACUUGAGUUCAAUGAAAUGCAAGUAUUUCUGGCUAAUCAUUACCUCCCGGAUGAUUGCACUGUUGUUCACAUCAAUUGUCGCAAUCAUCAAAUCUUUGGUACCCAAGAGUCACUUCUAAGAGAUCACCGAACUUUGACUUCAGAUCAAUACAUUGAAUAUCAGUCACAGUUUGAUCUGUUGUCCGGAAUAUCAGUAUUAUUGACAUCACGAUCGGUACCAGGAUUUCAAAUGGAUGUCUAUCAAGACUCUAAAAUAAUGGACAUUCAACCAGAUAGACACCUUAAAGGUAUAGUUAUGUUACAUAUAUGGCGAUCACUUUAUGGACAUUUUAGUCGAUUGAAGACCGAUAGUCAAUAUUUUGAACAUUUGGAUCAAUUUAUUAAUAAUUGCAAUAAUAAUAUAGCGUUUGCCGGCGUGACUGUCGAUAGUUUGGUCACUUCUCAUGUUAAUAGAUCCCUUCAGUACAUCGAUUAUAUCUGUUGUAUAACUUUUUCAGGACCUAAUGCUUAUGCUUUCAUUCAUGGCGAUGACCUAACACCUGACUGA